CGCAACCGAAAUUUUGACGUCGUCCAAGACAACCACUCGAGAGACAUCACUUAUAUGAUAAUUUUCAUCUCUGCCUCACUUCCUACACUUUUUCAAAAUGUUCAAACCAUCAAACUGCAGUAUUGGUAAUUUAGUUAUAGACAACUGUGGAUUUGGAAAGUUUUGUUGUAUGGACGGCUGCUGUAUAGACUUUACUUACGUCAUUAUUUUGUUAAUUGUUGUUUCUAUGAUAGUCACAGUUGCUAUUUUUAUUCAUGUUGAAGUGAUGAAGGAGCGGAGAUUCAAUGAAAAAUUGAUAAAACACAUUGAAUCUUUAAAUAAUGAUGGAGUCAAUAGAAGGUUUGAAGAAACGAGAAUAUUCCUUGGAGCUUCUCCAAUUGAAUCAUGUCCAUUCAAUUUACCACCGAGUUGCAGUCCUCCGAUGACAGUUCCUAAAUUAAAAUUUCAUAAAAAUCGCCCAAUCCGCCAAUUUCUUCACAAGCAUUUGUGAUAUUUUCUGGUUUUUCGUCUUGGCCUUAUCAUUAUUUUUGUUUUAACAUUUUCCAGUUUGUUUUCAUCACGAAAAAAUAAAAUCUAUCAAAAAU